AAGAGGAAGCGCCGCGACUGAGCGACGGGCACAGACGAUGGCGAAGAUACCCUGCGAUGAAAUUGCAGAUAAAAUAGAAGAGCAAAAGAUCAAGAAAGCCAAGUCGAAAUUGCUAUUCACAAGACGAAAAAAAUCAGCUGGCGGAUUUAUUAGAAGAUGGAGUGGUGAGUAACCAUGAAAUAAGCGUCAAGCUCGAGGAGCAAUUACGCGAAAAAGAAGAAUCUGUCAAGCGUGCUCAAAAGAAAAUGGAGGAAGAAUAUGCCCGUUGUCAAAAAGAAAUAGAAGUCGAAGUUAGAGAGGCGAAGGAGAAAUUAGCCCCUGCAAAAGAAGAUUGCAAAGAGAAAUAUUCGAAGCUUGAAGGUGCCAUAGACGAGGAGCUUGAGUUGUCGCCUCCACGCCCGCCAAAAAGGGAUAUUAAGCCAGAAGAGGACGAGAAGACUGUUGAGGAAUCACGGAAACAUGAGCACGGGAAAGACGUGGAAACAAUUGACCAGGGUUUCUAUUCCGGUACUUAGUGGAGACAAGCAGUCAUAUGGGAGCUGGAAGGCACCAUUUAUGGCUUGUGUUGACAAAGCGCCAGCCACUGCAGAGUAUAAAUUGUUGCAGCUAAAGAAGUACCUAUCUGGAGAAGCGUUGGCAGCAGUUGAGAGCUUAGGACAUUCGGCCGAGGCCUAUGAAGCAGCUAAGGACAGAUUGGCGAGAAAAUUCGGUAGUCCAUGUUGUCAGAUCAAUUUGCACUUAGAGGAAUUGGACCAGUUCCGACCAAUUUGUCCUGGAGAAGCCAAGGACCUAGACAGGUUGGCAGACGUACUGGACGUGAUUGUCAUACAUCUGAAAGAGGCCAGAAGAAAAGAGGAACUUGGCAAUGGGUCCUUGUACAUGAAGGUACAAAAAAAAUGACCAAUACCAUGCUUGCUAAUUACAACCGGUGGUUGUUUGAGGAGACAAAAGUGGAAUGUGUUGAGACGCUUCGUGAGUGGAUCAUGCAAGAAGGUGAAUUCCAGACUGUUGCGGCAGAGACACUAUGUGGGCUGAUAGGAAAACGAAGUGAUCGCUCACACACAUUCUUUGGUCGGACAAGCGGCUGAGGAAAGCCUGUUGGCACAAAUUACCCACUUUGUAAAAAAGAUCAUCCAGUGUGAAGCUGCGAAGAGUUUAAGAAACUGGAUGUGCAAAGUCAUUGGCAAAAGGCUAAACAGCUCAGACCGUUGCCUCUGAAGAAAUCACAAGAGAGGGUGAUGUACUCAAAUUAGUCGGAGUGGUAUUAAUGGCUGUCAGAAAGCGCACAAUCGGGUAUGCAUGGAGAUCAGUUUGUAAAUGGUGGAAGUGCUAGCAAGUCACAAGUGAUAGAGCCAGAGAGGAGCCUACCCUUGGACAUGGGAGCUAGUGAAAACAGUGCAUGCAGUUCUGGCAUGGAGGGGGAGCGAAGUCCACGUACUGAACACUCCUUAACAACAACCAUGGCAACCACAAAAGCUCCAGAGCCAGCAAAGUAUCUCGCCUUGUGUACAGUACGUGUAGUGGUGAAGAAUGGGGAGCAAAGAAUGAUCGUAAAUGCCUUACUUGAUGACGGAAGCACAAAGACCUUCAUGAAUGGUGAUGUGGCUGCUGAGCUAGGACUGGAAGAAGUACCCAACGGAUCAUAGUUACUGUGUUAAAUAGAGAGGAAGAUUCCUUUGAAACCAUGCCAGUGGAGUUCGACCUGCAGAGUAUCGAUGGCAAGACUCGUGCAAGAAUUUCAUCAUUUACAGCAAUAUGGGUGACUGGGAACAUGAAACCAAUUAACUGGAAACGGCAAUCGGGAAAGUGGAAGCACCUGCAAGGUGUUAGCUUCCCCAAUCUUGGCCCUCGGCCAAUCAUUGACAUGUUGAUUGGCAUAGACUAUGCCGAAUUGCACUUUUCCAUUGGAAAUGACUGUGGCCAACCUGGGGAGCCGGUGGCUCGACUGACACCUUUAGGCUGGACGUGUACUGUUUCACCUGAGCUGACAGAGGACAGCGUGCAGCAGACAAAUUUCAACAUGGCCCAUUUCGUUCACCAGCAAGAGAAAGAAUCAAGCUCCGUAUUGCAGAAGUUUUGGGAGGUCGACUCAUCUGGGUCAAUCACAGAAAGAGAGUUGUUGAAAAAAGAGGAAGCUGAAGCAAUAAAAGCAUUUGAGAGCUCAGUGCAGUUCAAAGGGGAAAGAUAUGAAGUAGACAUGCCGUGGAAACCAAACGCCCCCGAGUUUCCAAACAAACGGUUGAUCAGCACUGAAAAGAGACUUCUGAAGGAUCCUCAGCUAGCGGCGUUGUAUUCAGACGUCAUCAGUAAGUACAUACAGAAGGGCUACGUUUCUAAAGUGACACCCUCUAAGACAGAAGAGAAGGCCUGGUGUCCUGAAAAGACAACUACAAAGACUAGGGUGGUUUUUGAUGCCUCUGCAAAAUUGGAUGGACUGUCAUUGAAUGACGUCAUCUGCCAAGGACCAAAACUCCAAACGGAUAUCUUUGAUGUACUGCUACAGUAACAGUUUCCAGUAGCCCUAG